AGCAGUUUUUAAAAACAGUCCCAUCUGAGACAUUGUGUGAAUUACAUGUCCUGAGCUCUAGAGUAACGUGCUCGGUUUCCGAAGUGUUGAGAUUUGUUGUAAGAAAGUGCGCUCGGAAUCGGCUCGCAGAGGUGUUGGAUAACUUCCUUUUUGAUAACGUGUUGAUUCGGACUGGAUACGGUUUUACGUGGGGUGAAGCAGCCACGCUUGUGCAUAUUUGGUUUAUUUACGCGCUAGUCUUGUGAUAGGAGAACACGCGUAACGGUUGUAAGAUAGUAAUUUUAUGCGUACGCAGCGCGACUUGUAGUGAGAAAAGUGAAGGCGAAUACCAUUAAUGGACUGAAGCAUCCCUAACGGGGUUUCCUAGUGAAAUAGAAGGGAAGCAGUAACUGGUAACGGCAUUAUCUGAAGAUACGUCGGUGAGAAUCCGAGUAGUGAAUUCCUAGUGACGCGCAGAUGCAUCUUCCGGCUAGCAGCGAGUGCCAAAGUCCUCCGGUCUCCAAAAACAUGACUGAUAUGUUCUCGAAUCUGCACGACAUGCUGCAGGAGUACCACGGCGAGCUGGUACAAACAGGAUCACCGGCGGUCCUCUGUUCGGCUCUUCCCACGCACUGGCGCUCCAACAAGAGCUUGCCGUGUGCCUUCAAAGUGAUUGCCCUGGAUGAUAUCCAGGAUGGUACCCUGGUUACCAUUAAAGCCGGAAAUGAUGAAAACUAUCACGGCGAACUGCGGAACGCUACAGCGGUAAUGAAGAACCAGGUAGCCAAAUUCAACGAUCUGCGUUUUGUGGGACGAUCAGGUCGAGGAAAAUCGUUCUCGAUCACCAUCAUCAUCAGCUCCUACCCUAGCCAAGUAGCCACCUAUACCAAAGCAAUCAAAGUGACCGUCGACGGACCUCGGGAGCCACGAUCAAAGCAAAAUUUUGCGUACGGUCACCCAGGAGCAUUCAAUCCCUUCAUGCUGAACGCGGGAUGGCUGGAUGCGGCCUACAUGAACUACGCGUGGUCUGAUUACUUCCGUCAACAGCAACAGCUACAGGCCCAGCAACAGCAACAACAACCACCACAAGCGCCAGGUCAAACAAAUCCGGCCGGAAUAGGCGUAGGAAAAGGAUCUCCAACGUUACCGACGACUAACGGAACAACUGGACCGAUGCUGCCCACACCGCCGGCAGAAUUUCUACCACUUUCUGCCGGCCAAACAGGACUUCCCAACGGGCCAGUUCUGCCGAAUGGCGCUACCUACCUGUCGCAGUUUCCUUUCGGGCCCCACGCAGAUAUGCACCUGAAAUCUCCAUUCCUGCCUUACGACAUUUCACCACUCCGUGCCAACGGCCUUCGCACCGGCCCUCACCAGCUAGCCGCCACUAUUGCCAUCCCACCCAACGACUUCAUCUCUUCAUCACGCCUCUCGCCAGCCUCCUCCCGUAAUUCCAACUCUUCCCCACCAUCCACGCUAAACCAAUCACAAACCAAAAUCAGCUCCCCGCUGGAGCUCAACUCCACCGGUGACCAAUCGUCCGCCGAGGAAUCCGACGACGAACACAUCGAUGUCGUCAAGUCUGCCUUCGUACCGAUCUUGCGACCACUUCCAACUUCCUCGGCCGACACCAGCUCGGAUGCACUGAACGCUCCGCUCAAAUCAGAAACGCCCGAUUCAACCACCAGCUCACCGAAGACGCGCUGCGACCUCAAAGCGCCCUCCUCAAAGAAGCCUCAACUGCACGAAAUCGCACCGAGUGAACCGAGCUCGCCGGAAAGCACCAAACUUUCCUCGCCCAACAUUAUCCUGAAACAAUCGGCCAAAACCGUGUGGCGACCCUAUUGAGAGUACCUACUAUUCCACCAAGUGGCUGCGGCGAUCAAGGCUGCGUCCUGCCGGCGGGGGAAGUAGCGCUUUAUAGACUAAUUAGUUCAGAUCUGGUGAUAUUAAUGUUAAUGAUAAUCGGUGAUGUUAGCAGUUAGACUUUAGAAACGGUUGUAAAUAGCGACAGACAUUGUGAGUAUUUAGCGUCAGACAUGCAGAAUGGCAGUAGCACACUUACACAUUCAAAGAUUUUCUUUUAUACUUGAGGUUAUAAUAAGAUCAAUCAAAUCUGUACAGAAAAAGGGUCAAGCUCUCGUUCGAAAUGUUUUCCGUUGAAAAUCGGUAAUUAGAGUUGUGAUAGACUCGCCAAAAAUCGUUUUUAUUUCCUUCUGCACGCCUGCCUCUAUCCUAUCUGUAUUGUACAUAGAACUAGUUACCUAGAGAUUCCUAUUUUAUUUUACCUUUUAGUUUAGCCAACAAAGCAAGAAACAGGUACAUUUUUAUAGAGUACAAAGUGGUAUAAAAUUGAGACGGACACUGGAUUUUGUCAAUCGUGGAAAAUAAAAGAUUUAUCAUAAAACAUCAAAAUUGAAAA